UUGGGAAAGUUCUCGAGGAAGAAGCAGGUUUUCCGGUGCUUACGGCAGGAGGAAAUGAUCAAAGAGAAGAGAUAGAAGGAAGAGAAGGUCAGUUUCUCCAUCUUUGUUUACAAUAUAAUGCUUGUAAUUCUCGUCUUCUACAUCCCUCUCGGUCAAUACUGGAUCCUCCUUAAGAUGAUUUAGAGCAGCUAACUCAAUGUCGUAGCAAGAUCUUCUUCCAUAUUUGUCGUCUACAUGCUGACAGACUCCACCAUCCACGGUCAUGUGCUGUGAUGUUGAAGUGACAGUAGCAGGAAAAAGGCAGGAAAACCAAACAGUAAUCAACACUAACAAUGGAAUUGGCGAAGGUGAGGUCCGGAGAGGAAGAAAGGUGGAUCGAAAUGGGUAGAGACGAUCUGUCUCAUUUACUAUCAUGAGAUUCCCGGAAGGACAGCAACAAAAGCCCUCCCACUUGGGCCUCACUGUUACUCUCCACAGCGGAAGACUGCAUACACUUGCAGGGGCCUGGUGAUGUGUGGAGGUGAGCUCAGGGUGGUGGUGCCUUUGUUCCGGACUCCAACCAUGCUCGUUGACUCUGGAUCACCUCUUCGGUGCAUUGGUGGUUGCCUCUCUGCCAUCCCACUAUAACAUCACCACCUCCUCCUUCUCGCUCUCCAGAAACCCUUGCUACCCCUGAGGUGCAGCACUCCUUUCCUUGCCACCAAUUACUGUUCCAUGGCCUCCUCUUCCUUCUUCCACUCUCUUGUUUGCCUUCUUGGAGUUCAUUACCUCUAGAACUAGCUACUAAUCCCCGAAACUCCCGUUAAGUUUUCUUGGAUUGCGCUGCUUUGGUAGUUUUGUUAAGAUUCUGUUCCUUUUCAAGUCAAUAUGAUUUGCUUUUUCCAGAUGUUGAUUGCUUGUGCCUAUUUAAUUCCUUUCUCACAGCUUUCAUGUUUGGAUUAGCUGAGCUUGUGCUACUGUCUUCUAUUUUUCCUACUAGUUAAUGCAUGAGCAAAGCCUAGCCAUAAAAUGGUUGCCUCUGAUGCCCGCACUUUCCACAAAGAUUGAUUCACUGACAUAGUUACUGAGAUCAAAUAGGGGUUGCAAGGGUUGUAGAUUGCACAAGAAUGGCGUCCGAAUGGCAGUUGUUCGCUGUCAUUUCUUGCAUUUUUGUUCUUGGCAUGGCGCUGAGCGACCACGAUGUUGAUCUGCUCCUCGAGUUCAAGAACAAUCUCAUCGAUGUAGAUAACCGCCUUUCAGAUUGGAACUCAUCUGAUCCGACUCCUUGCGACUGGAAUGGAAUCAUUUGUCGCGAUUCUGAGGUAACAUCCAUUAAUCUUUACAAAUUGGGGCUCCAAGGUUCCUUGUCUGCCAGCAUUUGCCAACUCCAUUACCUAACCAGCUUUAAUGUGUCGUCAAACAUGAUAUCUGGGCCCAUACCUAAAGAAUUUGCCCAAUGUAGAGGCUUAGAGGUUCUUGAUCUCAGUACUAAUACCUUACAUGGAGAGAUCCCCCAGGAGCUUUGUGCAUUGUCUUCCCUUAGACAACUUUUCUUGAGUGAGAACUGCCUGUACGGUGAGAUCUCGUCAAGCAUUGGUAACUUGACGAUGCUUGAGGAGCUUGUUAUUUAUAGUAACAACCUCACCGGCAUGAUUCCUCCAUCGAUUAAAAUGCUGAAGAGUCUUCGGAUCAUUCGAGCUGGUCGGAAUGACUUGACUGGUCCAGUGCCAGUGGAGAUUUGUGAGUGCAGUAGCUUAGAGGUCUUAGCUUUUGCCCAAAAUAAGUUGGAAGGGAUUCUUCCUAAGGAGCUUGAAAGGUUGAAGAAUCUUACGACUCUGGUUCUUUGGCAAAACCAGCUGUCUGGUGAAAUCCCCCCUGAGCUAGGCAACUGCAGUAAUCUAGAAAUGAUUGCUCUAAACAACAAUGGUUUCACCGGAGAUGUUCCAAAGGAACUUGGCAAACUGUCUUUGCUGAAAAAGCUGUAUAUUUAUACAAAUAGGCUGGAUGGAACGAUCCCUAAGGAUCUAGGAAAUUGCCAGAGUGCAAUCGAGAUUGAUCUUUCUGAGAACCGAUUGACUGGAGUUAUUCCUAAAGAGCUUGGUCGGAUACAGACUCUUCGCUUGCUCUACCUGUUUGAGAACCUCCUGCAGGGCAGCAUUCCUAGGGAGCUUGGCCAGUUGAGUCUUCUAAGGAAGAUAGAUUUGUCAAUCAAUAAUUUGACAGGAACUAUUCCUCUAGAAUUUCAGAACCUCACUUCGUUGGAGAACCUUCUGCUCUUUGAUAACAACCUUGAAGGAUUUAUUCCUCCGCUGUUAGGGACCAAUAGUAAUCUCUCCGUUCUUGAUUUAUCAGACAACAAACUCACUGGCAGCAUACCAUGCCAACUCUGUAAAUACCAGAAGUUGAUCAUUUUGAGCCUUGGGGCAAAUAGGUUGUUCGGAAACAUUCCUCAUGGGGUCAAAACAUGCAUGUCGCUCAUACAGCUAAGAUUGGGAGGGAAUCUGCUCACUGGAAGCCUUCCGGUGGAAUUAUCUGGGCUCCUGAAUCUAACUUCUUUAGAGAUGAAUCAAAACCGGUUUUCUGGACCCAUCACUCCAGAAAUCGGCAAGCUGAAGAGCCUUGAAAGACUCCUCCUGUCUGAUAAUUAUUUCAUGGGUCAGAUUACUCCUGAAAUUGGACAGCUAACAUCUCUUGUUAGCUUCAAUAUUUCCUCAAAUCAGCUUUCAGGUGGUAUACCUCAUGAGCUGGCAAAUUGUAAGAAGCUCCAAAGGCUUGAUCUUAGCAGAAAUCAUUUCAGUGGAACUAUCCCAGAAGAGAUUGGUAAUCUAGUCAAUUUGGAGCUACUUUUGCUCUCUGAUAACCAUCUUAAUGGAACAAUCCCAGAUGGUCUUGGGGGCCUUUAUCGCCUCACUGAGCUGCAAAUGGGUGGGAACAAUUUGUCUGGUUGCAUACCUGGUGAGCUGGGGCAUCUUACUGCACUGCAAAUUGCUCUCAAUCUCAGUUACAAUGCCCUCUCAGGAGAGAUACCGGCCGAUCUUGGGAACUUGCAAAUGUUGGAGACAUUGUACUUGAACAACAACCAGCUCGAUGGUGAAGUACCUCCUUCAUUUAGUAAGCUUUCCAGCCUUCUAGUCUGCAAUCUUUCUUACAAUUACCUCUUUGGUUCCUUGCCUGGUACUCCAAUAUUUAGAAGGAUGGAUGAUAGUAACUUCUUCGGAAAUUAUGAUCUGUGUGGUACUGAUACAAAGGCAUGCCAGCAUACGCCUGUACCAUUGAACAUUGCAGAAUCAGGUUGGGCAAAGAGAACGUCCAAGGAGAAAAUAGUUAGCAUCACUGCCGUGGUUGUGGGGUUGGUUUCUCUGGUUCUCACUAUAGGGUUGUGUUGGUCUCUGAAGUACCGCAUGCCUGUUCUCGUGAAAAGCGAAGAUCAUAAGCAGGGUGUUUCUGAUCUCUAUUACCUCCCAAAGGAAAGUAUAACAUAUCAAGAACUUCUCACAGCUACUGACAAUUUCUCAGACAGUGCUGUAAUUGGAAGAGGUGCUUGUGGCACAGUUUACAAGGCCAUAAUGUCCGAUGGGGGGAUAAUUGCAGUUAAGAAGCUGAAAUCUCAUGCAGAGUGUUCUAGCAUUGACAGUAGCUUUCGAGCUGAGAUAUCUACCCUUGGAAAUAUUAGGCACCGUAACAUUGUCAAGCUCUAUGGUUUCUGCUAUCAUCAAGACUCAAAUCUUAUCCUCUAUGAAUAUAUGGCAAACGGCAGUCUUGGUGAACGGCUUCAUGGUAACAACGAGACAUGUUUACUUGAUUGGAAUACUCGCUACAGGAUUGCUCUUGGAGCAGCUGAAGGCUUGCGUUAUCUCCACUGCGACUGCAAACCUCAAAUUAUCCACCGAGAUAUAAAAUCAAAUAAUAUCCUUUUGGAUGAGGCGAUGGAUGCUCAUGUAGGAGAUUUUGGCUUGGCAAAGUUAAUAGACAUUUCACACUCCAAAACCAUGUCUGCAGUUGCUGGUUCUUAUGGGUACAUUGCUCCAGAGUAUGCUUUCACAAUGAAAGUGACAGAAAAGUGCGACAUCUAUAGUUUUGGAGUUGUUCUUUUGGAAUUGAUCACUGGGCAAUCUCCCAUUCAGCCGCUAGACCAAGGAGGGGAUCUGGUCAAUUGGGUGAGGAGAUCCAUCCAAAAUAGCAUGCCAGCAUCUAAUGUGUUUGAUUCCCGAUUGGACCUUAGCUCAAAGGGCACAAUCGAAGAGAUGUGUUUGGUACUAAAAAUUGCACUGUUCUGCACCAACAACUUGCCAAUUGACAGGCCAACUAUGAGAGAGGUCAUAUCUAUGUUAAUCGAUGUAAGGGGAUCGAUAAGCAUUUCUGCCUCGUUUCCAUCAUCAGAAACUCCUUUGGAUGAAAAUGAAUCUUUGAAAGGACACAGUGAAUCAUGAGCAAUAUUAAGUGGCGGAUAAGGUCUUCUCUUUUUUCUUUCUAUGGGUAAUACAGGUUGUUCUUUGUUUUAUUUGCCGAAAAGCAUUUCCAUGUUCGUGUCGGGAGUAAGCAUGCUUGCAUCGAUCGAUGACAAGGCGGGUUUUUGUCACUGCAGGCAAAUGUUGAAUGCUAUAGCGGUCACAACCUACAUGUGUAGGAGAAGAAUCUCUUCCAAUAAAUGUGUCCCAAGUCUUUCUCUGGGGAACCCCUCCGAAAGUAUUAUGUUGCUCGAAACUCAGAUGCCGAGAAUCACUGGACAGAAGACCCCUCAUAUUAGAUGAAGAGAUACCGACAUAAAGUUUGUCAAAGCAAUUAAUUGAUCAACGUAGCAGGCCAUUCCAUUGCCUAACACUAUAUUUUCCUGCCUUUGAACUCUGGAGAAAGUCCUCUGAUGCUCUAUGUUUAUGUAAUUGUAUGAGAAAUAAGAGUUUGUAGUGCAAUUGGAUGUUACAGAGAAAAUGGUGACAUUGGUAUCAGUUGGCCUUCAACUAUUACUGUGAUGAAGAAACAUAUAUGAUUGAUGUGAAAUUUUGCACUUAGUCUGAAGGCCAUAUGUGUUUGAGA